GUGACGGCGGUGCUCAUGUCCGCGACGGCAGAAGAGCAGGACAUCCAAAGAAAGCUGAGCUACAGUGCGGCGCUUCCAGUUUCCAAGCCUGGAGACAAAGUUCAAAUCUAUGUUCGCCUGCGGCCACCCACAGGAGAAGUCGACCACGAAACGUUUCGCGUUCUGUCAGAUACUUGUCUCGUUGCCCAUCCACCCAAGACCAGUCGCGUCACGGAGUCUGUGAGCACAUUUCACUUUUCCCAAGUGUUCAGGCCAGAAACAACUCAGCGCGAUCUGUUCGAUCAAACUACGUAUGCCAUCGUGGACGAGGCGCUGGAAGGCAAAAACGGCCUCGUAUUCGCAUACGGCGUCACCAACUCGGGAAAGACCUACACGAUUUUGGGAACACCCGAACAUCCCGGCAUCUUGCCGGAGACGCUCCUGACAUUGUUCAAAAAGGCAGACAAGUUUCGUAUCACAGCUUCGUACUUGGAAAUUUAUAACGAAAAAGUUUUCGACUUGCUCACGAAUUGUCAAAGGCGAAUAUUCCUUCAUCUGCUCGAAAAGGACGGCCGAGUGUACGUCAAGGAUUUGGAAGAGCGCCCAAUCAAGUCGUUUGAGGAAGCCAAGAUGCUCUUGGAAUGUGGUCAAAAGAAUCGCCAGGUCGGCGAGACCAAAUGCAAUACCGACUCGAGUCGCAGCCACUGUGUAUUUUCCCUUCAGCUAUAUCACAACGAACACCCGACCACGCUGUUCAGCAAGAUAUCGAUCGUCGAUUUGGCAGGCUGCGAACGCGGCGCCAAGACCGGGGCGUCCGGACUACGACUGCAAGAAGCCAGCAAAAUCAACGGGUCCCUCAUGAACUUGAACCGAUGCUUGGAAACGCUGCGCUUCAACCAGCUCCAUCCCAAGUCGGAGCGACCUGUACCCUUUCGCUCGUCCAAACUCACUCGGCUCUUUCAAGCGUCGUUCGUGUGUAAACAAGCCGGACGCAUCAUUAUGAUAGUGACCGUGAACCCGUCGACGGACGAAUUUGACGAGACGUUGCGGACACUGCAGUACAGUGCAAUUGCAAAAGAAGUUGUAACAGCGCCUUCGAAAACUCUCUUGUCCCGACGACCGGUGCAAGUGAAAACUGAAUAUGGCACGGACGGUCACAAGAAGCGCAAACGACCUUCCAUGCCGUCGAAAGAUGGUGCGAGUCGUACCAAGACAGAGGCAACUUAUCUGCCUAUGAUAAAAGAGCGAGGAUCGAUUCGAAGCCGCACCUCCAUCCAACGAAUUCCCGUGCCGGCUUCGACACGAGAAAGCAGCGGGAAAGAAGUUGAAUCUGCACCAACAACAACUACGUUGAAUGCACGGGCAAAGGCGAGGGCGUCCCUCGCUGUAGUUAGGCCUGUCUCAAAGAAGCGCAUCACGGAGCAUGACAUUCAAAUACUUCGCGACGAGAUUGACCAGUUGAAAGACGAAUUGCUGACCAAAGACGCCGAGUAUGUCCAGCAGGAAAUGCAGUUGCGCCGGGAGCUUGCCCACGAGCUCAAUAAACAGCUGGACAGCAUGAAGGCCUCGUACGAGGUGAAGCUCGCCGAUGUGCGGGCGGAGUUGAAAGCAUCGUUGGACACAACGCAGAAGGUGACACAAGGUACGUGAUGCGACGAUGCUGUGUGACACCUCUCGCGUGUGGCUGUAGAAAAGUUGCACUUCGAGAGUCUGUGCGAAAAGUUGCAGGAGCAAAUCGACGAGUGCGAAGACGAAAUCCGGCGCAUUGAAUCGCGCCAUGCCGAAGAACUACUGGAAUUGCAAACGUUUUAACUGCCACACGUGGCUUAUUUACUCGACAAUGUGUUGUCCAUUGGAGCAGGGAACGGCAUGCCGAACGAUUUCCCGCUGGAAAGAUGCCACUUUGGAGAGCUAUGCCAGGGGACACACCGCCAAAUUGUCGGGUUGUGUGGACGAUGGAUAUUUCAACCAACGUCCAAGCCGUCACCAUGACGACCUCGACACCUUUCAGGCAAGACCCCUCUUGACGAUAGCUGGAAGAACGAUGGCCCCGAGACCCCUCGGUGGUCGUCGCCCCCAGUCAGAGUUACAUGUUGCCCCCAGCUAACAAUAAGUCCAACAAUGCAAAUUGCCCCA